AUGGGCCGUGAACAUGAGGCAGCCACUUUCCCCUGGAUCGCUUCACACGGCCAAAAGCCACUGAACGGUGCCGCCGGGCCAGAACCAUUGUUCGCGGCGCCCAAAAAGUGGAUCACGCAUCGCUUAAAUACCCUCUAUCUCCAAGAUUCAUCAAUCAUUAUCAACCCCUCUGCGCUACUUGAACUUAUCAUGCUAUCCACUAUCAAGCCAACCUCCACCAUGACCAUUGAACUCGACGACUCUGGCGAUGAAUUCGAUACCUCAGACACGCCCCGCUUUAUCAAUAAGUACCCAAAUAUCCACACUAUUCCCCGACCCCUCACAGGAUAUAUACCUAUGUGGCAGCGCAAGUUUGCAGGGUCCAAUCGCGUAGAGCGAUGUCGCCAACGCCGGGCAUGUAAUGGAGCAGGCGAAGUGCUGCAGAGUAUCACAGCCGCUCCGACGUUGAUGCAGUCUAGCUUCGAGGAACUCAGGUUGGAGUGCUACCUUCAAUCUCUCGUGGCUAAAGGAGGCCCGCCUGCUUGCGCCGAGCCUGGUAAACCCUUGAGCGCUCUUCCGCCCAUGUACCAAGCGUUCGUUGAUAAUCAGCCGGGAGAUUAUCUAGACGCGGUUAUGGAGGCGCCGAACGCAUGA